AUGUGUUUCACCGUCUUCUUUACCGGGAUUGGGUGGACUCUGGAUCGCCUGCACAAGAUUGAGCGACGCAGUGCCAUUGUUUUUACCGACCCGUAUGUCUUCCUCAGUGGGGGUUUAGCAGGACUCGCGGGGCGGGCCGCGGCAAUUCCAUUUGAUCACGGGGGCAUAAAAGGGCCUGCGCAGGCCUGCUAUCGACGUAUGCCGCAAUUUGGACUUCUUAUGUGGUUUUAUGUUCCGUUGGCCUCGCAGUUGCUGCCUGGCGCCGAGCGAGAACCGCCGCUGAAGGCAUUUACAACAUUCAUCCUUGGGGCCUUUGCAGGGUUUAUGAUGCGCCUCAUAUGUAAUCCUGUCAAUCGCGUGCGUGAUGAGUGUCUCCGUACGGGUGAUUCGUUUCUAACAACAUGCAGGGUGUUCAAAAGCAAGACGGUGCUUCAGUUCUUUUACACUGCGCCUCCGCUGCUGGCCAAUGCCGUUUAUUUUGGGACACUUAUGACCGUUUUCGAGGGGCUUCGCCGUUUUUGCGAACGUAGUAGACUUCUUCCUAUGAAUGUAGAGAAGGAUGAAAAAGGGAAAGAGGUGUUUAAGCUUGGGAACUACGCCUCGGUGGCGUUGGGGAAUACUGUGAUUGGUGGUGUUGCCGCUGGUGUGGCAUCGACGGUCUGCUACCCGCUCUCCGCGCAUACCUACAAGCAGACUGUCAUUCAUGACUCUGCCAUAUGCCGGGGCCUCCUGCCAACACUACGAAAAGAGAUACCAAUGAUGGCUGUUAGCUUCGGUGUUUUUUCCCUUUUGCAGCCUAUCGUAGCGCCACAUCACGGCACUCGCGUAGGAUUUGGAUAUUAA